GGGAGGUGAAGCGUUCUCACAAUGACGCUGCUGCUCAGUUCUCAGGUCGACCACAACAAAGCAACAGCUCGCUGCGGACAUUCCGAGCUACUAACAUGGCUCUUUAAACUUCUCAGGACGCCGAACACCAAAACAAGUCGUGCUUUGCUUUGGCAACGCACCCCCACGUGCUCUACACAUUUUUCCAGCAAGAAUGGAGUGUCAUUAUGCUCACCCUGCCCUGCUCUCUGUGGCCUAUCCGUCAGACCCUGCUCGCUCUCGCGCUAUACUUGCAGUUCGACUGAAUCAAAGUACCAACAGACAAGAUGAUGGCGACAUCACCUCCUGUUUGGAAGACUCCUCGUGUCUGCCCGGCAGACCCCCUCGCUCUCUCUCACCCACAGGCUAACUACAGCCAAUCACAGGGGUGCAGGGGGGAGGUGUCAGAGGAGAGUCAGCACUUAAUUGGUGAUGGUCUCACUGACUGGAUGACGGAAGAAGUGGAUUUCUCCUCGUAUCUCCCAAAUCCUCCUUCCCCUCCCUCAUCCACCAAUGCCUCCCUUCCCCCUUCACCCCUUCAGAAUGAUAUCCAGGUACCCUCUGACUUGGAGGUCAUGACCUCUUUGCUGCAAGAAGAGCUUGCUCAACUGGAGGACUACUUCUUGUCUGAACCAUUGCCGGAGAAAGUGCCGAGGCUGGGAAAAUGCGACAGGGGUCCACUGCCGGCAGGUCCUCAGCAGUUCAACCAGCUGCCAUACGCAUCAUACGCUACGUCCAACCAAUCGGAUUCCAGCCCACUUCUUGUUACCCUAGCAACUGGAGAACUGGACCUGCUGAGUAUCUGUGGUGGUCCCAUUGGAUCCAAAAUUCCAAGACACGCCCCGUACAGCUGCAGUCGCCAAAAUGGGUGUGGUAGGAAAAGAGUUGUGGAUGCGGUGAGGUUCAGUGAUGGCUACGAUCAUAGUUUGUUGAGCUCCAAAGGAAGUAACUCAGGUAACUCAGCAGUGACACUGACGGGUAAUUAUGGCUGUGUAGAAGAAGAAGAGCAGUUGGUAGGGAAGAGCUACUGUUUGGGUAGUGCAGUUGAAGUUCACAGAUGUUCCAUACUAUCGAAAGAAGAGAAAAACUGCUGUUUCAGUCAGGAUGCCAUAGGUGGCACGAAGGUUGUGGCUGGUGGAUUUGGUUUUGGUGGACCACUGGAUGUCCAACAUAAGAAAGAGGAUUUACUGAUGUACAGCAUGAGGGAGGUCAGCGUUGGUUUGAGUAACAGCGAAAUGUUGAAUGGCAAAAGUGGCACAGAAGUGACAAAGGCCAGCGUUUCUUGGAAGAGUGAGAGUGGUGAUGGUUGUUACCUUCCAGCAACAGCACAGUCUGAGGCCUAUCAUAGCUUUUUGGGCAACAUCAACGAACAGGUCAAAAGUGAGAGUUUGCAGGUUGAGCAACAUGAUUUACACUGCAACUUCCUUGAAGAUCAGGGCCCAGGGUGUCUUUUAAUGUCUAGAGAGAGUGUGAACUUGGAGUCUUCAGGGCACAGACAAGCAUGCCGAUUGAAGGACGAUCACUGUCCCAUGAAAUACGAAAUGGACAUCAUUCCACUGGAAGGCGGUGAGCGCAAACAGAAGAAGCGAGAUCAGAAAACUGCUGCUCACAGGUAUCGCCAACGGAAAAGGGCGGAGCUAGAUUCUUUGGAGGAACAACUGCAUUGCCUUGAAGGAAGAAACCGGGAGCUCCGGGACAAAGCAGAGUCGGUGGAACGUGAAAUCCAGUAUGUUAAAGAUCUGUUGAUUGAGGUCUACAAAGCCCGUAGCCAAAGGCUUAAGCAGGACGCGAGUGCAUAACCGCCAACCACUGCAAGUACAUUUAAGGAGGACAUAACAGGGAAAACAUCUUUUUUUUUUUUUUAAUUGUCCAGGAAAUAAUGUUUUUGUUUUCUUGUUUGGAAGGAGCAACUAUAUGUGUUGUUAAUGAAAA